GGCAGAAAGGUGGGUUUGGGCAAUCUGAAAACGAGCCUGAGAACGUCAACCAGGUCCUCUACGCUCCACUACCUACAGUCAACAGCAUCUUUGCUUUGUCGGCUCUCCUCACGACUAAUCCUGAUAUCAUUCCUUCCGCCUUUGUUCUUUCUAUGCCCUUCACGCAUCCUGCUUGUCCCCCUAACUACCCCCAGUCCUUUGUCAUUCUCCCAAAUUCGUCGUCGUAUUCUCACCCUUUCGUCGGACCGCGAGUAUCCCGAAACUUCCACCAGGGAGCACCCCAAACUCUCCUGAGGUGGCAACCUAGCCCUCAUCAUCUGUCUCCGAUCACGCGAAAGAACUGGUCAGCUUCAGAGCAGCCCCCUCGUGGUCGUUUUCGCAACAUAUCCUCCUACAAAUCAUCGUUCCUCGACCGACGGCCAUCAGCGCCAUGCAUGAACACACUUAAACCGCAUCCGACCGGUAUCCAGAACCCGACCAGUGACAAAAGCGACAGGCAGUACCAUCAAGUUUCGAACGGAACUGUUUUUGUGCCUGAAUCAGGCCUCCCCUGCCGAAUAUCAUGUCCGUCGACAUGGUUACCGCAGAACCCCAAGCUCCUGUUGGGCUUGGGGACGACCCGGAUUUCGAGGACGCCACCGAGCGAGAUGCCUCCAUGGUGGUUCACGAAAGCCUCGACGACAUCACAUUUGAUGCAGAUGACGGCUUUAUCGGCUACCCCACAUCUGAUCAAGCUGCCGGCGCUCCUACCAUGCCUGUUGAAGACGAGCUUGACUACGAGCCUGGCUACGAGUCUUCCGGCCCCGCCGAUACUCGCCUAGAUCGCCAAAGCACUGUUGGUGCCGAUCGUACACAUCUUGAAGAUGAGGUUGGAGAGGACAACAACAGUACUGCUGGCUCCGCCGUUUCCCAUGGCGCUGUCUCAGAGGUUGAUCCUCGUCGCAUUCCAGACAACCACGAGUCUCCCUCGGGUUUGCAGAUCCCAAGAUCUCCAGUCACCACGCAACUCUCUGUGCCGGGCGAUGAUGAUCUCGUGGGAGAGAUUGAUUAUGAAGACGAUGGGGAGAGUGGUGAGGCCUUCGUCAAAGUAGCUCAACCGUCUGGACCAACCCACGAACCCGACCAAGUCGACAACGAGGGGGCCUAUCUCGAUGGUCAAAGGCAAAGUCCAGAAAAAUCUGCGGGUCUGGAGUAUGCGGUCUUGAAUCCAGAAUCCAGCAACGAUCGCACUCACACAACGCCACCCAACGAGGAACCAGACAGCCCCGCUAGUCAGCAGGGUGAUGGAGACGAGUUUGAUCUAGAUGCGAAAGGCCAUGAAGACCAUAUUGGUCUUGGUGGUGAUGUGGGUUUGGAUCCAGACGCCGAAGAUGCCAUGCCCCCCGCCCAGACAGAUAUGUCUGUCCAUGACCAUGACCAAGAGCGUUCAAUCUCCGGGGAAGAACGGGAAGAAGCCUACGAGGAAGAGUUCGAGCACAUGGAUGUCGCCGAGAUUGACGACCAAGGCUCGAACGAAUUCUCAAGCAGGCCCGAAGUCCAGAUCCGGUAUCGCGAUACAACAUACUCGCUGUUCUCGACAUCCAAGUCAGACGACCCUUAUUCCUUCUUCUUCUCAGAUCUUGAAGCACUCGAGCACCCCCUAUCACAGUUCCUUGCCGGCCUUCGCGAGGUCCUUUCUGACGAGAUUACUCCUGACGAGGACGUCCUGAUUCGGAUUGACGGACUUGGUCUUGAAUUUGCCGAUACGAUGGACAAAUCCUCGCUCGACCGGAUAACCUUCGGGGCUAUAGUCGACCUCCAUGACCGACUGGUCAAGGCUGACAACCCAGACGCCCGGGAUGUUGUACUGCUGGUCUAUCUUGUCACCCGCCCCAACGCAAUGCGGCGGCUCGACAGCCUGCUAGAUGCCGCCAGUAUUGGAGAAGGGCUGUCAGCCUACCACGUGUCGUACCCGGACUACCUCCUCAUAGAUUUCCCUGUGAGGGAAGACUCCGAAAAUAUCACUUCUGAGAGCACCCCUCACACAAGCAACGGGGAUGGCAACGCAGAUUUGGAGUCUGAUCAGGACCCCGACGAGGACGCUGAACCUGACGAACACCAAGAGAUUGAUCAAGAAUCACCUCCGCGCACCGACGCCGCAUCAGACUGGCAUGAAUCUGGGGACGUGGCGGAUCAAGACGAGGACCUCCUUGGAGACUCGUACGAUCAAGUGAUCGAUGACGCCCACGAGAGGACCUCGGUACAUUCCGGUCAUUCUGCGUCUCACGAAACCGCUACCAGCCUAUGGGACCAUGAAACAGACAACGAGGCUGUAGGAGAGCAGCACCAUGAGGCCUUGGCCUACACGCGUGCGGAGUCGGACGUUGAAGACACCCGCUCGGAUCAGGGUUCGGGCAGGUCUGACGCCUAUUUAAACCCAGGCGCUGCGCUGGAGGAAGUUGAUGAAGUGGCCGAGCCUACAUACAGAAUGGAGGAGCAACAAGUCGACUCAGAUGACCAAGAGCUAGAUCAGAUCGACGACCUGAUCACAGAGGAACUCGAGGCUUCUGACAAGGGCGAAGUUGAUGGACAAGUUGAAGGCGAGGUCGGAGGCGAGGUUGAAGGCAACGUGGGUGGUCCUUCAUACACGGCUGCUGACGACCAUGAUCUUGAAACCUGGGAGGAUGACGAGCACGAUGCAAGAGUCGCUUCUCCAGUCCAAGAUACUGAGCCCCGCCAGCCCCGGGAAGCGGGAGCUGAAGCCGGGGAUGCAGGCAACGACCAGGAAGCCGUUGUCGGUGAAGAUCAACCAUUUGAGAUGCUCCGACGGCAAUCCGCAGCGGGCACGGCCAACGCCGCGUUACUGGAGCAUAGCAGUGCGUCAGCAACACUUGACGGCGAGGAGAUUGAUCUCGAGGAAGUAUUGGCGACGGCGGACCCUACAGACGAUAACCACCUCGAUGACGGCUUUGAGAACCCCCAUAAGGAACCGCUUGAUGCCGACGAGAUCGACUGGGAAGAUCAUGAAAACGACGGUGCCGUUGCUGACGGCAUAACCACGCCGUUGAGCAACACUGGGAAGCGAGCUCGGGAGGUGGACGACGGCGAGGUACCAAGUGACGGGCACGACGUCAAGCGGCAUCGUUCCUGAACAUCCUCCUACGCCCAUGCUUACCUUGUUACCCCAUUACUCCCCGUUGAGAUGAUACUUUCCCCAAGCUUGUCGCGUUUUGUUGCCCCGGUCUGGCCGUAGUGCUGCCAUCUCCUGGGAUAUUGAACAGACUUUCCCCCUGACCCUAUCCCUAUAUCAUUCCCCCUUGAUUUUUUAUGUUCCCCUUCGGAAUUCCUCUCACAUCGCCCGGAACCGCCUGGCCGUCAUAACAGUCGAUUCCAGGUCUCGUCAACAAGUCACAGCCGACACGAGCUCGACCCUCUACGCCAUUGCUCGUGAUACCGUAGGUAAGUGCGGACCAAAUCUUUUUUUUAUCACUGGCAACUACGACUCGGCUUCGACAACAAAGGUGCGGCUUGCCAGGGUCGCGACCGAGCACCCGACUCGCUCCAGUAUCGUGACUUUCACACGAUCGCCUCGACUCGGCGAUAUCGCACCCACCUUGCAUUCUUCACAAGCCAUGGGAAUUGCAGGUAUAUGCAAGUACUGGAGAGUGUUCUCUUCGCCCAUCCAGUGAUUAACCAAUUCCUAUGAUACUUCUUCUAUUCCCUCGGCGUCUCUUUUUUUAUGUUGCUAUUUCUUCUGUCAUUGUAUUAGUAUGCCUCGUUGUGGGCGAUGUUUUACUAGCUCUAGACGGAAUGUCCCAGUGUUUGCGUAGGCUGGGGAUAUCCGCCACGGGCGAGGAACAUUUCUUCCAGCCUAGGCCUUUAAGUUAACUUUGGGCGUUUUGGUUCUCUUUGAUGGGUAGUAUGGUUUGGCUCGCUGUUGGGAGGCCUUUCGUUGAUGACGAGCAGUCGGCUACACCACGCGCCCGUCGACGCCCCGAACAGCUUGGUGGUGGGGAGGACAUCGGGAGGGAACCCGAUGCAAUCUAUAACGCAUCGCCAGGCAACGCAAGCCUGUCGGCAGUAUUAUAACGAGAUAGUAGAUGAGUACCCGCUCGAUUGGGAAUCAUUACCUGGGCCUUUUACACAUCGGUAGC